GUACAUCCAGGAUGUUUGUCUGCAAAUCAUUUGUCCGCGAACGGACUGGUGAACUCCGGAGGUUGAGUGGUGUUUGGCAACAGAUUAAGAAAUUCGUCCAACUUUAAGGCAGCCUUAUAAAGUCUUUAGGCUGAAGACACCUUUGGUGACGUUACAAACAAGAAAUUAGAUAAUUCAUCGUGAUGGCUUCUGAAGAAAAGGUAAUCCGACGAAUUGGGGUAAAAUUGAACCCACCAGCGAUAGUGGUGGUGUAUGAAACAGGUAACUCUCUUCGUAAAAGAACAAUCCCUGUGCGAGAAUUCUUCAAGACCUCGAACAUAAAGCGUGCAGCCGAAAAUAUACGGGACAGGCACAGCUCAAUUUUUGAGAAAGCUCCCCUAGUUCAGGUAGAGAAAAUGCUUUGCAUUAUCCAAGAGACCAUGCACGGCCAUAGUUUAGAAGGAUGCUUGCAGAAAGUUGAGCGUGAAUUUACUGUGUGUCCCGAGGAAGAUCUGAAUAAAUUGGACGACGAGUUGCUACAGAGGAAGAAGGAGUUGAUGAACAUCACUUUUGAAGAAAACUGCGUUAAACCAGGAGAUCCCAACUUUAAGUAUGACAUCGAAGACGAUUUCGACAUGGCGGGACCUAUUGAGACGUCCGGAUGGGACUCGGAAAACCAAGAUGAUGAUUUUGAGUUUUAAGUUUUGUGAUUCACUUCUUGGGAGACCUUACCUUCCUGGCGACCACAGAAUGUAGAUAAUGUGAAGUUGAUAACACUCACGUUACAUACACUUACAUUGUGUAUAACCCACGGAGUUGCACACAUAUGCGUAACACAUGCAAGUUUCUCAAGAAUUCAAUUAUAAAUUUUAUUUGAACACCAAAUAGAUGAGUCAAAUAGAUGCUAUCAACAAGCAGCAUAAAUAAGACAGCUUUGUAGAAAACAAAACUCCACACACAUAAAUAACAAUAUAAUGUUUUGGAUAAAUACAGCUCCAAAUAAGUUAAGGGCUUAUCUCCUCCUCUAUUCUAUCCUCCUUGGAUGCCUGAAGGCAUGACCAGUGUGGUUACUUGUUCAGAUACUUCUACGGGACUAGACAUUUUAUUGUUUGCACUCAUUUAUGACGGGCUAAACUAGUCUUUCUGCUCUAACAGCAAAACUAUGGCAAAAUACAGGUAUUUACAGAGUUAGUGUGUCGUACACAGUUUGCUAGGUAUUCACUUCUGUCCAUUUUGGUAUUUAGUGAGAGCGGCAACAUUUCCUUGAGCCUGAGGAAGGACAAAACACAGAUAGAACACGGAACAAAGUGGACAACACAGGUUCCAACUGUGUUUUGUCCUUCCUCAGACUCAAGGAAACGUUGCCGUUCCACCAGCUCACUUGCACACUCCUGAUUUGUUCACUAUUGUAUUUAGUAUCAGAAGGGCAUCACUGGGAGGAACAUUCUGUGAGCAGCAGGCGCGGAUCUAGGGGGGGGUCCAGGGGUCCGGACCCCCUCGGGAAAAUCCUAGAUCCGCCCCUGGUGAGCACACCCAUGUGGUGACCCCAACCAUGGGACCCCAAACAGAGUUGUUUGUGGACAGUGUGAAAUGGUGGGCUAUAGGAGCCUCAAGGUGUGCUGGCCAAUGGAGUCCAAAAGAAGGAUCUUGCCCCUGGACAUUUCCGUUUGCCUUCUUUUCUGUACAACAGUAGUUGACGCAGAAAGGGGACAAAUGCAAAAAAGGGCGUUUCCAAACACCCUAAAAAGUUUGGUUUUAUUAAUUGUACGCGUAUUUAUUUCUGUUGUAACACCCCUUAUGUAAUGCCCUUGGGCCUUUUAAGGGUCUUAAUAAAUGAAAUGAAGAGAAAGUUA